AUGACUGGAAUCGCUCAAGAAUUUGCUCUUCGCAUUCAUCUGACAAGCACAUUACUCGGGACGUUUCUAUUUUUUCCCAUCUCGGAUACCCGCACAGUCGUUGUGACGGAAGACGUAAUACGAGCCAGAAAUCAAGCAUCUCUCAGCCAAAGCACGGAUUACGAACGAAUCCCAAAAAUAAUCCAUCAAGUGAAAUUAGGAAAUCUUGAAAUGCAACCAAAAUGGAUAGAAGCACGUAAAAGUUGUAUGGAUUUACAUCCAGAUUGGCAAUUCAAACUAUGGGAAGAUGAAGAAGCCGGAAAGUUUGUCAAUACACAAUUUCCACAUUUAUUCGAAACGUACAUUAAUUACCCUUUGGAAAUUCAACGUUCAAAUGUUUUACGGUAUUUGGUUUUAGAUAAAUUCGGCGGUGUUUAUUUGGAUUUGGAUUUGCGUUGUAGGGUUCCUUUGGAUGGGCUACGAAACGAAACAUUCUUGACACCUCCUGCAAAUCCAAGUGGAAUCAAUAACGCUUUCAUUGCUUCUAUACCCAAUCAUCCUUUUUGGACACACGUUCAAGAUUAUUUAAUUACGUUUAAUUUGGAUUGGUUCAAUUCACCGUAUAUCACAAAUAUGUUUUCGACAGGAUGUCACUUUUUGAGCACAAUGCACAGACUUUAUGGCGAUCAGCCUUCUUUAGCAAUCAUGGAUCAAGCAAACAAACUGAACGGACACGUUCAAACUCCUCUUUUCGAACAUCUUGGCGCGAGCAGUUGGCACAAAGGUGAUGCAAAGGCAAUUCUGCGAAUAGGACAUCAAAUCGAAAACAUCAAAAAACAUUUCUUUUCUCUUGUUGCUAUUCUCUUCUUGUUCUCUUGUGGUAUGGUCAUUGCGUUUGCUUCUCUUCGUCGUUUACGCCUUUCACGCAAGAGAAGGCUUGCAGGCUAUGAAGAUAUAGAAGCAACCAAAGAACUUGUCGUACAUCACGAAUAAUAUUUAUACCCUACAUCUCUC